AUGGCCACCACACUCUCAUCGGAAUCACUCGCUCUCUAUCAACAAAGUACCAGUUUUGCAGGAUUAAUUUCUUUGAAUAUUGAUUUCAUGAAUGGAAAAAUUGAAACUCCAUAUACCGAUGGCUUACAAAGUGAAACAAGUCCAUUGAUUGAGUCUUUGAUUGCCAUCAAUCAAUUAGGCUUAUUAACAACCAAUUCCGGAACGGGAAAUACUGGUCGUGCCUAUUUGAUCGGUCUUGUAGAAGGUGAAAAUAAUGCGGAGAGAUUGGAAGUCUUGUUGAACCAGACCGAUCUCAUUGCUUUUAAAUUGCCAUGUAAUACGGCCGGUUAUUUGCCAAACUCUGAUGACGAUGUAAAGAGCGAACAACAAGCUGAUCUAGUGAAAAUUCCAAUUUCUUUCAAGACUGACCAAGAAAUUGGAGAAACGAUUGUGAAUCGUUAUGUCACGUGUUUCAAUUGGUUCACAUUGUUACAGCCUUGUAUCAAUUCAACUUUGUACGAAUCAUUGGCCAAUCAUUGCUAUAAUUUUUAUAUUAUUGACCCUGUUUCAAAGCGUUCAGCUCUUGCUCAAGAUGGUAUUUUGGGAAAGGUAAAACAAUCUCUUGAGCAAUUAAAGCACAAGUAA